ACGGAAGUAGCGUCAGACAUUUCGUCGUCACGUCACGUCAAAUUUUUGCCCCAGCGCUGUACAGCUGGCAAAACAAUUCGCACAAACCAUUUUAAUGAUAAACUACAAUGAGCACCAGAAUCAAAAUAUAGACAGUACCAUCGUGACAUUCUAGCCGCUGACCUUUGUUAUCAUAUUCUUGAACCUGUUAGUCCAAAACAAUGUCGGCAUCACAAGGAAGCACAAACACGAAUACGGAACCAUGGGGUAGUUUUGAUGACAACAUUAUCCAGGGCAGUGGUUCAGCAGUGAUAGACAUGGAGAAUAUGGAUGACACCUCUGGUUCCAGCUUUGAGGAUAUGGGGGAGAUGCAUCAGCGUAUGAAGGAGGAGGAGGAGGUGACCGAAGAGGCAGCAGCUACGGAGGAGGACAACGGAGAAUAUGGAGACUUCCUCGGGAUGAAGGGCUUGAAGGGACAGUUGGGCAGACAGGUUGCUGAUGAGGUAUGGCAGGCAGGAAAGAGACAGGCCUCAAAAGCUUUUAAUCUCUAUGCCAAUAUUGACAUUCUGCGGCCGUACUUUGAUGUGGAGCCUAAUCAAGUCAGAAACAGGUUGGUUGAAUCCUUGAUCCCAGUCCGAAUGAUCAACUUUCCACAGAAAGUUGCUGGAGAGCUGUAUGGACCAAUGAUGCUGGUGUUCACAAUGGUGGCUAUUCUGCUUCAUGGCAUGAAGACAUCAGGAACCGUCAUUAGAGAGGGUACGCUGAUGGGAACUGCCAUUGGAACGUGUUUUGGAUACUGGCUAGGAGUGUCCUCCUUCAUCUAUUUCCUUGCUUACCUGUGCAACGCUCAGAUUACCAUGCUGCAGAUGUUGUCUUUGCUGGGUUAUGGUCUCUUUGGCCACUGUGUGGUCCUGUUCAUCACUUACAAUGUCCACUUCCACUCGCUCUUCUACAUUCUCUGGCUGGUGAUUGGAGGACUCUCUACUCUACGCAUGGUGGCUGUGCUGAUUUCCCGUACUGUUGGUCAGACACCUCGCCUCAUCCUGUGUGGAACCCUUGCUGCUCUUCACAUGCUCUUUCUGCUCUACCUGCACUUUGCUUACCAUAAGAUGGUUGAAGAUAUUCUGGAUACCUUGGAAGGAUUUAACAUGCCACCCAUCCAGAGAGUGGCCAGAGAUGUUCCCAUUGUUGCGAAUACUGUUGUAAAUGCCACCAUCAAGUCAAUAGCUGCAAUUGUACAGACACAGUGAUUAUAUAUAUUGGUCUUCUGGUUUGGUUACACAGUCCACUGAGGCUGGUGUACAUAUGUAGGGUCAGGGUAAAACAAAAUCAUGGGGCAGUCUCUGUUGAGCACCUUAGGCCUGAGCUCAGUUUGUAUCUCAUAUGUUGUUCCUGAUGCUGUCAGACAGACCUAAAAGGAUGCUCUUAGGUCAAGACAGCUUCACUUAAUUUUGGCUCAUAUUAUUAUGAGUCAACACUUUUGACACACUAUCCCAUUCACUCUAUGCUUGUCUUACUCGAUUUUGUUAAGGGUUUCAUACGACCUGCUAAUAUUAGAAUGGUUUAUUCAGAUUAUGUAAGGAUUCCUUAAGGAUGCUGAUACUAAUAAUUAUUCUUCAAAAACCCUGUUGACAUUAAAUGCAGCUGAAUGUUUGCACUCCGUGUGAGUGCACUGAUUGAACUGAUUGUCCUCACAAACUGUCUCGGUUACUGAGUGACAUCACACAACACUUCUGUUUUUAGAUCUUGUUGCAUAAUUGUUUUUUAGACAUUUUCACAGUUGUAAAGGAAGUCUUUAUCAAGGUUCAGUAGAGAAAUCUGUCUUGAUCCAAAGGCAAAGUGCAUAGAAAUAUAGAAAUGCAAUGAUAUUUUAUUUCCAAGAUGAGAAAGAUUGUUAUGGUGCAUGCAGUCUUUUUUUCCUAAUCCGUAUUUAACCAGCCAUUGUGGUGCAGUCUGAUUCCUGCUAUUUAAAGCUAUGGUUGGGGGUGAGGGUUUCCUGCUCUCUCAUUAUGUUGUCUUUUACAUGUGAGCUUCUUAUUUAAAGGGUUCUUGUAAAGAGAAAAUAAAGAAACGCUGUUGUCCUUA